AUGACAAAUACAUCUGAUAUAGUUCUGUUUUCGCUGUCUGGCUUUAGUGCCACUGCCAACUACAAAAUCACACUUUCCUCUCUUACUUUACUUUGUUAUUGCCUAAUUGUUGGCGUUAAUGUGGCUCUCAUUUUAACUAUAAUAUUAGAUCAACACUUACAUGAACCAAUGUAUGUUUUUAUAUGUAAUCUCUGCAUCAAUAUACUUUAUGGGACUACAGGCUUUUAUCCUAAAUUUAUCUUUGAUCUCCUGUCUGAUAUUCAGGUAAUAUCAUAUGAAGGAUGCCUUUUGCAAGUCUUUGUUAUAUACACUUAUGCAACAAUUGAUUUUUCGGUUUUAGCUCUUAUGGCCUAUGACAGAUACGUGGCUAUAUGUCGACCCCUGGAGUAUCACUCCAUAAUGUCUGUGCAAAGGACUACAGUCUUAGUCGGUUUCACCUGGCUUGUGCCCCUGUGCUGUGAAGUUAUGGUUUUAACCUUGACAUCUACGUUGAAAUUAUGUGGUUUCAAAGUUGAUAAACUCUACUGUGAAAACUGGUCUGUUGUCAAACUUGCAUGUAGUCUAACGAUUGCAAACGACAUUGUUGGACUGAUAGUUAUCGCUUUCUAUUGCGUGCACGUCCUCUUCAUUGUGUGUUCUUAUGUGCAGUUGAUCAAAUCGGCUUUAAAGUCCAGAGAGGGCAAGAGAAAGUUCACGCAGACGUGUGUGCCACAUUUUUUAUGUCUGAUUAAUGUUACGUGUGCUCUGCUUUUUGACGUCAUGUACUCGAGGUACGGAUCAGCAUCUGUGCCGCAGAGUUUGCGGAACUUCAUGGCCAUACAAAUUCUCAUGAUUCCCCCUAUUCUCAACCCUAUAAUCUAUGGACUCAUCCUGACUAAAAUCCGACACAGAAUGGUUACUCUGUGCAUGAUGGCAGGUCAAAAAUUUAGGUUGAGACUGAAGGUUUGA